AAACAUCUAUUUCACAGGAUUGCAGAGUAAUGAAUGCAAUUUCUUCAAAAAUAAAAUUGAUUGGUCCACAACGAUUGUAGUUUUCAACUAAAAUUUGCAGUUGGGCAUAGCAACCUAUAAAAAGGGUCUGAGAUGCAUUUUGGAAAUUUCAAUAAACUGACUAAAAAUUGCAGGAAGCUGUACUGCUAUUCUUUAAAAAAAAUAAAAUCCAGUAUUAAGUGGUUAAAAAAAUGCAGAAUUUAACAAGCCUGUUUUAGAAUUGAUACUUAAAUUUAAUAUUAAAAAUAUAGGUGACUUCAAAUACAGUUUUACGUAUCUUUUAAUUAAACUAUUGUAAAUAAAUGUCACGAAAAGUCAAACAUCCCAAAUUUCAUAAAUUGACUUUGAAUUGAACUAAUUCUGCUUGUAAAUAAACGGUUACGUUUUUAAAUUAUGUAAACCAAAACAUCCCAGCUUUUUGUCCAAGCUCACUUGGGAAUAUAGGCAUUAAUGACUUUAUUUUUAUUUAUUUUUUAAAAAGCCCAGAUUUAAUCAUUUUUUGUAAAAUUAAGUCCAUGCUAUAAAUAUCCCAUCCACCUCGUGUGUGUGUGAAAUAAAGCCGCCGCGGAGCGAUUGAUGUGUGUUUCUAUAGUGACGCAGUGAGCUUUUACUAUAGCGGGCUACAGCUUAGCAUCUGCUCAGGGAUAGCUGGAGUAGGUAGGGUAAUGUCCGCGGUAGGGUCCAACAUAAUGACCUACCAAAUGCCUACCGCCAAAGUAUUCAUAUCAGAAGGAGGUUUGAGCUAUGGCCGCCUUGCUCCUGGACACCCAACGCACAGUACCUUCGGGAUUGGAGGACGUAUCGCGUUAAGGCCAAGUCAGAUAAGGAAGUUCCCUUUAAUGCUGCCUCUUAACAGCAGCCAGAACGAGAACACGUUAGUGAGCAGCUUCAUAGUUAAAGGGAAAUCAAACUUAAAUAAAGAGGACAAAGUGAUUUCAGAGGAUGUUGACCAAGAGCAGGAUAUCUUUGGGAGACACUUCCUGUCUCAGAAAACAUGUACAGAGUUGGAAAGGACCAGAUCUAUGGUUCCUCCACUGCGAAAAGACAACAAUGAGCAUCGACAUGUUAAACUUCACCCUUUGAGCCUCUCCGCUGACCUUCCCAGCAUCCCUUCAGGGAGACUUUUCACCCUGGGCCAAAAUAUUAAGAGCCAUUAUGGAAGGUCCAAUGAGCCACUUGCGGCUCCGGAGACACAGGUUGCAGACCCUAGAAACUCUAGGGUGAACAUCAGUUCACCCCCCACUUUAAUGUUAAAUGGCAAGAACAAUUUUUCAGUGGAAAGCUGCAAGUUUAGCAGGCCCAAGGUACAGUAUCCAAUCCACACCCCGGUGACUGUUAAAGACGAUCAGAAAAGUUGUCUUCAUGCAGGCCAGAGUUAUUCAGACCCAAUCAUCGGAGCCCCUCGCUCUUUUAUCCACCGGAUUUCUGAGCUCUCGUCUUUGGAGGGUGAGACGGUGAGAUAUGAGAAGAUUAAGAAAAUCAGGAAGUCUAAAAAUUCUCUGUCCUGACAAUCACCCCCUUCUGAGUCGCGACGGCCCAGGAUUAAGACGUUUGAGUCUGUGCCAACAACUGAACAAAAUAAAACACUUAGUGCACCAUAUUCAUUUCACUGGCUUGUUCUGACGGCGUGUUUGUCCUCAGUGAUACUGUUUGGCUGCUUAACGUGGCUGCUUCUUACUUUUUGGGAUUCCUGACUCUCCUUAAGGGAUAAAAUGUAGUUUCAACUCAGUAUUCCCAACGGCAAUGAUGACGUGUUUUACACAAAAAAUGUGUAGAUUCUCAUUUGUCAGUAGUUUUUCCUUCCACACCUGCAUGGAAACAUGUAAUAUUUAUUUCUGUAAUGGCUUUAGUGGCCAUGAAGCAGUGAUACCAUGUUUCUCUGUGUGUGCUGUGGAUGUUGUUUAGCUUGAGUCUAAAAAUACACCAGUGUUACAGAAAGUUUCAAACACAUUUCUGCUUUGUUUACUAAGUCAAAUUUAUGUGGAUAAAUGGCAUAGUUUAGCUGAACUCUUGUGCCUUGUUAAAUGUCUUCCUGAAAUGAAAUAAAUUUAUUUUUGUUAUUCCAAAGAGGUUAUAUUUGUCUUUCUAAUCUCUAUUAUAGGCUAGCAAAAGGAAAAGCUGGCCAUUACAAUAGUCAGAGCGUGAUAAAUUCUGCACUAAAGCAUAAUCUGUGGUCCAUAACUUCACAACCGCAGAAAUGACAUACCCACAGAUACCAGAAUGUGGUGUUUUCCCACAUAAUGCAUUGUUUUACUGCUGCAUGAACUGCAGCUUGUGUCUCUGAAUAACGUUGUUCAUUGUAUUUGUCAAAAAUGGAAGCCAACAGCAGCCGUCCUUUUGUUUGGAGGAAAAUGAAAGCUUUCCUUUUAUUUAAAGAAAUGUUUGCUCAGGUCUUAAAUUUGAUAUGAAGAUGACUGGUUAGUGGUGAUGAUGGAGCUAAUUUCAGGGGCUGGUGAUAUUGAUAUAUCUGGGUGAAAAUUUCUGCUGUAUAUUUUCUAACAUGAUGGAGAGCCAUGUCAGAAGGUAAAAGUGAUAAUGUUUCUAACACUGUUUAAAGGAAACUAAUCUUCCUCUCAUUCAGAAACAUGCCAGAUGGAAUUAGAGAAGUGAUUGUUUUAAAAAAAGAUGACAGAAACAUUUUUGGUAAUAUGUUUUUAAAGCU